CUGCUGCCGCCGCCCCGGCUGGAUGGGGGGCCAAGGCCAACCAGUGGCACCGGGAAGAAAGAGACGCGGCAGCGGCGACGCCGACGCCCACAGGACCAGUUCCUUGGUCCGCCCGCCAGCUCAAGAAGGCGGGGAGGCCCGGCUGCUACGGCCCUUGCUGUAGAGAAGCCACCGCCACCCUCGCGGCCCAGACGCACCGAACUUGGUCUCUCCGGCCUCAUUCACUCUGAGGACCCUGCGGCGCACCAUGUUCAAGAAACUGAAGCAGAAGAUCAGCGAGGAGCAGCAGCAGCUCCAGCAGGCGCUAGCUUCCACUCAGGCUUCCUCCAGCUCUCCAGUGCCAACAAGAACUAGAAGCAGGACAUCUUCAUUUACAGAGCAACUUGAUGAGGUUAUUUCCAAUAGAGAGCUACUAGCCGGGAUGAUAGCAGAGCCUGCUUUUCUCUCUGAAUAUACUAUCUUUGCUUUGGAUUCCUCCAAACAUCCUAAAACACAGAGUGGCAGUGUGAAUGCAUCUACCCAUGCUUCGAAAUCUUCAGAGAGUGUUAAUAGAAAUGAACCAUCCACUCCUCAGUCAGGUGACCUUCAGACUUUUGCCCAGAAGCUCCAGCUCCGGGUGCCUUCCAUGGAGUCUUUGUUUCGAAGUCCGGUAAAGGAAUCUCUAUUGCGAUCUUCUAAAGAGUCUUUGGUACGAACGUCUUCCAGAGAGUCCCUGAACCAACUUGAUUUGGACUGUUCUGCCACCUUUGAUCCCUUCUCUGAUAUGGAAAGUGAAGCUGAAGACUUACUAGGGAAUUCAGACAGUCUCAACAAAGAACAGUUGAUUCAUCGGUUGCAAAGGAUAGAGCGAAGCUUAAAUACAUUUAGAGGAAAAUAUUCUGAGCUUGUUACAUCUUAUCAGACUCUUCAGAGAGAGAAGAAAAAACUACAAGGUAUAUUAAGUCAGAGUCAGGACAAAGCACUUCGGAGAAUUGCAGAAUUAAGAGAG